AACGUGGUUACUGUAGAGAGAGCUAGCAACUGGGAAGGCAAUUGCAUCAUCCUAGCAUAGGCAUUAGGCGGUGCCAGAUUAAGGUUAUACAGUUAGGGAUUUGGUGAAUACUAGAAGAUUAAUAAAAACAUACAGUAAUAAAAAUUUAAAUAUCAAUGAACAGGGCUCUACAGGCAAUUAAUUCCUAAUUCAAACGCAGUCAGCCAUUAAAAUAACCUAACUUCAGAUUCAAAAACUUGAACCACCCUCCUCCCCCACAAUAUAUAACUCACAGCAAAAGGCAUCCUAAGCUCCUGCAAUUCUCACUUAAUUUCCCUCUUCUCCCUUUGAGAUCUUCACUUUGUUUUCCCCAUCUUUCUUCCAGUACUGCAUUACUGGAUUCUGAUUUAAACGCUUUGUUCUGUCUCCUUUUAGUUACAGUUUUUGCUAUUUUUGCUCUUUGAAGUUUUAUUUUUUACUUUAAAGCCUAACUUCUUCGGAUUGGGAAAAUGGCUUUGAUCAAUAUACAGUGUAAUGAUAAUAAAAAGAUUCAGAAAAUGUUUGCCACAGAGAAAACGCAGUUGAUGUUAAAAGAUUACCUCAGACUCAGAGACGAUCUGAGUUCGUGCUCGUCCGGUGGAUUUAAGUCGUUUCCUCGCCGACAAUGCUGCACUACCGUCCGAUUUCUCCUCGAGAUGGACCUUAAAACGAACAACUCCGGCAGCGCAAAACAACCGCUUCUGAAACGGAGUCGUUACAAAUCAGCUUUGCAGAGAGCAUCCGAAGCUGUGCUUAGUGCGGUCAAAUAUCUGCCAUUUCAUUCCGGUAAGCAACUGCAGUCGUGUUCCGUACCAAAGAGCAGAGCUAGAAGAGGAAUUUUGCCUUGGAGCUUUUCAAGGAAGUUCCUACGGAGGAGCCUGUGGAAAAAUUCCAACAGAGAUGACCGAGAAAUCGGACGGUGGAGAUCGCUCAGUGAACUCCUCCAAGAAAAUAACGAAGCGUCGUCCGAUCAAAAUACAGCUGCCGUCGAUGCCACCGCAACGACGAUGAUCACAGCAACGAGAACGAGCAGUAACGACAGUAACAGCAAGAGUAACGGCAACAACUGUAGUGAGAGUGCAUUUACUGCAGACAUCUUACCGUCAUCCAGCGGUAAUUCCGAGAGUUCGGGCGGCACCGACGGCGACGAGAUUAAAGAGGAAUCACCGGCCAAGGAAGUCAGCAACAGAAGAGGCGCAACAGCCGGUGGGGAUUCCGUCAACGGCACAAAGCAGGAUUGGCCAAACGAAGAGGGAAAUGAACAGUUGAGUCCAGUGUCUGUACUGGAUAAUCCAUUUGACGAUGAGGAAGAGAACAGUUCUCCUUUCCAACGUCACCUUGUCCAAGUGGAAGAAGGGACUAAACUACUGAAGCUUAUGCAAAAGACUCGAAGAUUCGAGAGUCUUGCUCAGCUCGAGCCAGUGGACUUGGAAAAACGACUUGCAUCGUCGGAGCUUGAAGAUGAAUGGCCGCGCCGCCGACCGAUUUCCAUUGACGGCGACGGUAAAAGCAUCAGUGAUGAGUCUAAAAAGGAAAAAAUUACUGACGCAGGGGAUCUACUCAAGAUAUUCAAAUAUAAAACCCCAUCAAACAAGAUGAAAUUGAAGGUGGAGUCUGUGCUGCUAGAUUUCUUUAGGGAGAGAAUUGUGCAAGGCGGAACAAAUGGACAAGGAGAAUUUGACGAGAAGGAAACGUUGAAGAUGGCAGAAGAGUGGGUUAAAGGGCAGAGUCGAGAGCUGAUUUUGGAGUGGGAAGUGAAGGAGGGAAGAAAAGUUUAUUUGAAAGACAUGGAGAGAAAUGGAAUGUGGAGAAAUUUGGAGGAAGCAAGGGAAGAGGUGGCAGCAGAGAUGGAGCUUGAGAUGUUGAGUUCUCUAGUGGAGGAGUUGUUAAUUUAAAUAUCCUUAAUUUAACUGAGUAUCUCAACCUAGUAGGGAUGAGAUAAGCUCAAGAGUUGUUUUCGCCAUUUAGAAUGACACUCAGAAAAUACUCUUUCAAUAUUAUUUUUUUAGUUCUUAUUUUUCUCUAAUCUCUAGAGAAAAAUAUUGCCAAAUUUUGAAAUAUAUAUUUUGAGAACUU